AUGCUGAGCUUUUGCGACCUGUUGGUUGCGUGCUUGGUCUUUGGAGUUUGCGAGGCAUGGAUUGGUGGACUUGACAAGCAGAAGCCAAAGCGUGUAGAGAUUGCAAAUAUCAGCAUCGAAUUGAAGGUUGCGACAACAUACGGCGCCACAUGGAUGACGACCCCUGCGUCAUCUGUGGCACAGAUGGCCAUAGUGUCUGGCACGAAGUGUCCUAUCAUCAACCUCCCGCCUGCAACGGAUUCUCCGCUUAGAAAGUUCUUUGCUCCAGACAGAGUGGUUGGCGUUCGCAACCAGAUGAAGAAAUACCUUAAGAUGCCAAGGGAGGAGCCCAAACCGAAGGAAGUCACUGGGAACUCGACUGACGGUCAUGAUUUUCAAGCGCAGUCUGGAGCUACUACUACUGCCCCCAUGGAUACUACUGCUGCUGCAGAUGAAGACACGCUACUCAGUUCCCAUCUUGCCAAGAUCACCACGACUGGAACUGACAAUCUGAAGAAGGUACGCGACAUCACACAGAAAGAGGCUGUCGAUUCAGAACUGGCGAAAGCUGCAGAGGUACCAAGUUCUGCCUUGGGAAACGGCAACAUCUUCAAGUCUACAGCACGUGUGAGCAGCGCGGCAAGUGCGAAGUUCCCUCUUCGCAAAGAGUUCGCAAACACAAAUUCCGAAGUAUUCACCAACCACUUCGAAGUCGUGUUCAAACCUACUACGCAAUUCUUCGUGUAUGAGGUACUGAAGAUGCCAGCUGGAAAGUCCAAGAGGAAGUCCAAAUUCAUCCUGAAGACCGCGAUUGAGGCCUGGGACUUUCUGAAGAACAACAAGGAGCACUUCACCACAGGCGGGAUCAACACCAUCGUCGCUUGGAAAGACCUUCACAGCGAGAUGAACUGCAACCGUGUCGUUGAUGGAGCAGAUAACACCCAAGUUGGUGCGAUUUGGAUGCCGGAUGCUAUUGCGGAUGGUAGCCAGCGCAUUCAGUUGUUCAUCAAACUUCAGCGGGAGCUCGAUCUCGCUGGACUUCAAAACUAUAUCAAUGCAAGUCAGGCAGCAAGCGACGCGGAAUUCGCCUUCAGCCCCAUAGUUGACGCGUUGAACAUUGCUGUUUCGUCGAGCUUGUCUCGUGACGACGUCAUUCUGCAGUCGGCCAGCAAAUUCUUCGUGAAGAAUGGCUACAAACCCUUGGCAGGCGGUAAGAACCUCAAGAGCUUAUGCACCAUUCGAGGAUACUACUACACCAUCAAGCCUGGUAUGCAGAAGGUACUGCUGAACGUGAAUGCAGCCACUAGCGCAUUCUUUUGCCCCAUCACUGUUGCAGACUUUCUGAAAGACGAAACUUUCACGUACGCUGAGCGUGAGAAGCAUCUCAAGACGCUUAGGCUGUACAUCGAGCCAGAUCGUACAGCGACCGAUGACCCUGACGACAAGCAUACUGAUCACCUCAACAAGCCGCAAAACCGCAUCAAGUCAUUCUGUGGACUCGGUCCUGUAUUUACAGACUCCCAGAUGUCUUUCCACAAGAACAAAAAAGACGACCAGGGUAAUUGGGUACAAGAUGAGAACAAGACUCGUGUCAUCGACCAUCUCCAGAAGACCUUCGCCAAGCCAUUCAAGAAGGACGGUUACGCUAUCAAUGUUGGAACCGCUGCAGAUACUGUCUACUACCCAGCUGAGUACCUGCGUAUCAUGCCGUAUCAGAUUUACAGGCAAUUGCUCCCUGAUACCGUGGUAGAGGACAUGCUCACGCAAGCGACGCAUCUCCCAGAGCAGAGUAGGCGUCUCAUUGAGGUGGAGGCAAUGCAUUUACUUGGUCUAGACCCAGCAAAGUCUCUGCAGAAUCUUAUCCCAUCAGCUCAGAUGGAGAAAUUGGACAUAAUUUAUGGUGCGAAGACCUCAAACCAGCAGCCCAAUACACAAGCUCAGUGGAAUCUCCAAAACCUGAAAGCAUUUAUUGAUGCUCCAGGGAACAAGGCCCCCGCAAAAACCCACAACUGUCUCUGGCUAGUCGAGGAGGGCAUCGUAAAAGACACUGUCGAAAAUUACCAAGAAACAUUUGGCAGAUUGGUCAAACAGUAUGGCAUUUGUGCUGGUGCAAAAGCUGUCCACACACAGAAACUCAGCAGUCUCCGAGAUGGUGCGACACACUCCGCCAUCAAGACCAGACUAUCAGAUGGCAUUCAAACUUUCGUCAAGAACAACAAGGGCACAAACCUGGUGGUUCUACUUCUCAAGACCCAGAGCAUUCCAGUAUAUUCUGCUUUCAAAGCGGCCGCGGAUACGGAGGCGGGGUUGCAAUCAAUAUGCAUGACGCAAGCGCCAAACUACAUCAGUGCAAAGCAGAAAUGUAAAGAAAAUAUCGACCAAUACAUGGCAAACAUCAUGAUGAAAGCGAAUCUCAAGUUUGGUGGAGGCAAUCACACCGUUCAGUUCGCCGCAAAGCCUCUCACCCACAUCGCAACAACAUUGCAGGACACGUUGGUGCUUGGUGCUGAUAUUACCCACCCUUCCCCUGGUUCUCUGGUCGGAUGUCCAUCCAUUGCAGCAGUUGUUGGCUCAGUGAACUCAAUGUCCACGAAGUAUCUCGGCUCCAUGAGGCUCCAGGAAACCUGCAAGAAAGAAAUCAUUGACGACCUUCAGGCUAUGGUUUACGAGAGAAUCGUUGCCUACGAACAAGCAACCCGCAAUUUUCCAAAGAGGAUUCUCUUCUACAGGGACGGUGUAUCUACAGGACAAUUCGCCAAGGUCAGAGAUGAAGAGCUGCCAUCAAUCAAAGCAGCGUUCCGACAAAGAGUCACUAUUGUCGUGGCUGUGAAGCGUCACCACACACGCUUCUACCCAGCUAAAGCUCUCAAGCACCUAAACGGCAAUUGUGUACCAGGCACCCUCGUUGACCGCGUUGUCACAUCCCCCCACUACUGUGACUUCUUCUUGCAGUCCCACCACGGCCUGAAGGGCACGGCCAUCCCCACUCACUACGUCGUCAUCGCCAACGAGAUAGGCCUUGGAGACAAAGAGCUUCAAGAGCUCACUUGGAAGAUGUGCUACACCUACGUCCGCGCCACACUCGGCGUAUCAUAUGCCCCGCCCGCAUAUUAUUCCGACAGGCUCUGCGAUCGUGGUCGCGCUUACAUGCGUGACUUCUACAGUCCGGAUCCCGACAGCGCGUAUACCCAGGCAUACGACGCCAUGAAAAAGAUAAUCGAGCAAAACGCUGCGGCUUCUUUGGCUGAAAAGAUCAGUGCACUUCCGCCGGUGCCGAUACGUCCUGGUCGAAAUGCGGCGAGGAAGUCUGCGGCUCAGAUUGGCAUCGAGCGCGCUCAUCGCAGAGCUGUGGAGGAUGAGCUUGAAAGACAGGUUCUUGCGUGGGCGCGCAAAGACUUUGAGGAUCUGAGGGAGGGAGGUUGCGGUCCUUGGAAGAAGAGCCUCGAUGACACGAUGUUCUGGAUGUGA